AUGCAAUACUACUAUUUUGACCUCUCAUCCAUAGAUUGUCAGUAUCUCCGGGAGCGAGUAAACUACUCCCUGGCGUCGUCAUCCCACGUCAUUGCCGCCUUGAUGGCUCUGUCGACGGUGCUGGCCGCGCCCGCCCUGAAUUCACCCCUUACCAUCGAGAAGUACAACGGCAAAACCACCGGCAAGCACAUCGUGAAGGUCAAGGAUGGUCACAACAUGACGGAUGUGCAGAAGGAGGCGGGGCUGGCGGGGAACACGAGCUCAGUCGCGACAUGGCCCGACAUGAAUAGUUUCGCUGGCCCUUUUCCGCAAAAGACCCUCAACCUUCUGCUGGCGUCAGGUAAGGUUGACUGGAUCUGCGAGGAUGGGAUCAUGAAUACUACGGGUACUACCAUUACGCAAACCGAUGCUCCUUGGGGCCUCCAGCGCAUUAGCCAAAAAGCGAAGUUGUCGAGCAAUUCAACGUCAGCGCUGAACUACAAGUAUACUUACGACUCCUCCGCUGGCGAAGGAGUCGACAUUUACAUCGUUGAUACUGGUAUCAACAUAGCUCACGUGGAUUUUGGCGGCCGUGCUAGUUGGGGUACGACUUUUGGGGGCUACGCGAACGCUGAUGGAAAUGGGCAUGGAACACACGUCGCAGGAACCGCAGGAGGAACAAGAUUUGGAGUAGCCAAGUCUGCCAAAUUGAUCGCCAUCAAAGUCUUGAGCGACUCUGGAAGUGGCUCUGUUUCUGACAUUAUCUCUGGCCUCAACUGGGUUAUGAACAAGGCUAAAUCAACUGGACGACCUUCGGUCACGAACCUGUCUCUUGGAGGGGGCGCUUCUACAGCCCUGGAUAACGCCGUUGCCUCGCUCACAAAAGCGGGCGUUCACGUUGUCGUGGCUGCUGGCAACUCCAACGUCGACGCCGCCAACACAUCCCCUGCCCGUGCACCAAGCGCCAUCGCCGUUGGGGCGACAACCAUCGUCGACGCACGGGCUUCGUUCUCCAACUACGGCAGCGUCGUCGGCGUCUUCGCUCCUGGGGCCAACAUCAUCAGCGACUGGAUCAACAGCACCACAGCAACCAACACCUUAUCGGGCACCUCGAUGGCUUCCCCACACGUGGCAGGUUUGGUCGCGUACUUGGUCAAGAAGGACGGGAACAUCACUCCCGCUGCGAUGCGCACCAAAAUCCAGAAUCUAGCCGUCAGGAAUGUGAUUUCGGGUAUUCCUUCGGGCACAGUCAACUAUCUUGCCAACAACUCGUAG